CUAGAAAUGACUGCUGUUACUGCAGGCAACGUUAACUUCAAAUGGGACCCCAAAAGCUUGGAGAUAAGAACGCUGGCAGUUGAAAGACUACUUGAGCCUCUUGUUACACAGGUAACAACACUGGUUAACACUAGCAACAAGGGCCCCUCUAAUAAAAAGCGAGGACGUUCUAAAAAGGCCCAUGUUUUGGCUGCUUCAGUUGAACAAGCGACAGAGAAUUUCCUGGAGAAAGGAGACAAAAUUGCAAAAGAGAGCCAGUUCCUUAAAGAGGAGCUGGUAGCAGCUGUGGAAGAUGUUCGUAAGCAAGGUGACUUGAUGAAGAGCGCUUCGGGGGAGUUCGCAGAUGACCCCUGCUCCUCGGUGAAACGAGGGAACAUGGUCCGAGCGGCACGCGCCCUCCUCUCCGCCGUUACUCGGCUGCUGAUUUUGGCCGACAUGGCAGAUGUCUACAAGCUGCUCGUUCAACUCAAAGUAGUGGAAGAAGGUAUCUUGAAGCUAAGAAAUGCUGGCACGGAGCAGGAUUUGGGUAUCCAGUACAAAGCCCUCAAACCAGAGGUGGACAAGCUUAACAUAAUGGCAGCCAAAAGACAACAGGAGUUGAAAGAUGUGGGUCACCGCGAUCAGAUGGCGGCAGCCAGGGGAAUUCUGCAGAAGAACGUUCCCAUUCUUUACACAGCGUCCCAGGCCUGCCUGCAGCACCCUGAUGUGGCCGCGUACAAAGCGAACAGGGACUUGAUCUACAAGCAGCUUCAGCAGGCGGUCACGGGCAUCUCGAACGCCGCUCAAGCAACUGCCUCGGAUGAUGCUGCCCAGCAGCAGGGUGGAGGUGGAGAGCUGGCUUAUGCUCUGAACAACUUUGAUAAACAAAUUAUUGUGGAUCCAUCGACCUUCAGUGAAGAACGUUUUAGGCCUUCCCUGGAAGAGCGCCUGGAGAGCAUCAUUAGCGGAGCAGCCCUGAUGGCUGAUUCAUCCUGCACACGUGAUGACCGACGGGAACGUAUAGUUGCUGAGUGUAAUGCAGUGCGACAGGCCUUGCAGGAUCUGCUUUCGGAAUACAUGGGGAACGUGCGCUUGCAGAAAUAUACUGCUCCAAACAAGUACAGUUUCCUUGAUCUUAAUUGCACGAUUUUGCUUUUCUUCCCUAAGCUGCUUCGAGCAUCAGAGAUGCUUGAAAAUGAAUGGGCGAGUGUUGUGGUGUAG